AUGUGCGGCGAGGGGGGGAAGCUAGCGCGCACCGACGCGGAGGUGGCGCGCGAGACAGUGGCGCGGCUGGCGCGAGAGAAGGCCGAGGCGGAGCGGCGGCGAGAGGAGGCGGAGAGGCGGAGGGCAGCGGAGGAGAUUGGGCGGUUGAGGGCGGCUCUGGCGGAGGCUGAGCAGCUCGGAGCAGUGGCGCGCACAGGCGGAACGAUGGCAGGUGGAAGUGGCUCGGUUGAGAGGAGACGAGGCGGAAGGAGUGCGCGGGCAGGCGAUGGAAGAGGGCGUGGCGUGGCGAGAGGAGGAAGGUGCACGGGAGGACGCGGCGGAGGGUGCAGGAGGCGCGGGGGGCAGUGGUGGUGGGAAGGACGGUGGAGAGGAGGGGACAGGCGAGGCAGAGAGCGAGGCAUGUGGGCAGUGGCGGGUGCAGGGGACUCAAGGCGGGCUGUUGGACGUGGGAGGUGGAGAGGAUGGUGCGAGUGCAGUGCUGCAGAGGGGGCUUGGGGGAGAGCGAGGGCGAGGCCGCUGGAUGUUGUCAUGCGGUUGAGGCGGGUGAUGCAGGGGUGGGGAAUGGGCAAGCACAUGGGGGCGGGAAAGAAGAGAUCGUGCGCACAAGGGAGGUUGCGAGAGGGGCAGAGGCCGCGCAGGAAGGGAGGGGUGGGAGCAGGAGAGGAGAGAGCGGCAGCUUGUGUGGUGGAGAGGGAGGAGAGGAAAGAGCGAGGGGGAGUCGGGGGUAGGUGUGUUGGAAAAGGACGGAGUGGAGGGGCGAGAUGGGAGGAGCAGGGCGAGCAGGGGGGUCAGGAGUGUGCGGUAGAGCCGUGGCAGUACUGGCAGGGCGUGGACAAGUGGGGGGGGAAGGCGAGAGCAUGGAGGGAGAAGUGUUGCCAGGACGUGGCGAAUGGCGAGGAGAGGGUGGGGGAAGCAGAGGGAAACGCAGUGAGCGCGGGCCAGGGGAGCGAUGGAGGAGGAGGUGACAACGGAGGCAGGCACGGGGCAGGGAGGGGCGUGGUGGAGACAGUUGGGAAGGAGCAUGUGGCGAGGGAGGAUGCGUGCUGGGACUCGGGAGGGGAGGGCGUGUGUGCGUUGCUGGAUGGGGAGCGAGAGGAAACAGAGGAUGUGGACACGAGGGAGGAGCAGCGCUGGGAAAGGGCGAGGGGUGUAGAGACGGAAUGA